AUUUGCAAAGUAAUGCAGCAAAACGGAUUCAGUGCAUUGCGAUACGUCAACGGGUUACGAACGCGUUCUCUAAUAGCGGCGGUAUUGUGUGAAUGGUGACGAUUUAAGGCAAAAAAAAUAAUAUUUGGUAGCAAAUAUACUAAAGAGCCAAUCUUUGAUAUUUAAAUGAAAUACCAAGCUUAAGAAAAACAAAAAUUUAACGAAAAUAUAAAGAUUUUGACACAACACCCACAUAAAAAUCGAGCUGUUCCAAUUGUUUAAAAAUAUUUAAGAAAAAACAAAAUAACGCCAAAUUCUAUUACAAAACAGAAGCAGAUAUGUUUCGAUUGAAUGCAUUAGUCUUUGUGGCGCUGGGUGCAUCUUUCGCCUUGGUCAGUUGCCAAUACACCUAUGAAAGACCGGCGCGGCCCAUAAAUGAAGGCCAUUCAUAUCAACAGCCCACAUCUUCUGGAUCAUCUGGUGGUCAUUAUUUUCCUCCAUUACCCACAAUUAAGCCGCUGCCAGCAGUACCCAAUCUACCGGCUCUGCCAACUGGCCGGCCUAAGGUAACGGUCAAUCAACAGGCAUUAUUCCAGACUCAUCCCACGGCAGCAGUAACACAUCCUGGUCCAACAUAUAUUCCCCCCAGUGGUCCUGCAUUUGGUGUGGGUAAAAUUGCCCAGCAAUAUAGACCAUCAUCUCAAGGUAUUUACAACCAACCACCUCCACCAACGGGACCCUCAUCAUAUGGAAUUUCUGGAUCAGGUGGUACCUUUAGCACCCAUGCUCCGCGAACAGGUGAAAGUGGACUGUUACUGGGAACUUUUACACCCCCAACCGCUAGUGGAAUUGCAGGACAUACCACACAACCUUUGCGAGUACCUUUCGGUGGAACUGCCGUCAUUCACCCUCUGCCCGUGGAACAGAAUCCCUUUGAUGGUCGCCCUCUUAAGCAAUAUGCGGUUAUUGAAAUCAUUGAUAAUGAUCUUAAACAAAAUACAGAACCCUAUUUGGCUCCUGCUGUGCGCGAUGAUUUCCGGGCGCAAUUUGGAGCAACAGGCACAGGUGCUACUGCUCCUGCUUAUCCAGGUGUACAAAUCGAUUCUAGAGCCAAUAUCAAUAUUCUGGCACAACAAAGCCUAUCGGCCAGCAAAGACAAUCAAAUCUCUUUGGGCUCCGGAGGUCUGGGUUUGGUACGUCUAGCCGACGGAAAGAUACAUUUGGGUUCGGGUUCCUUGGGCUACAUUAGCAAUGAAAUGAUACGUGCGAAUGCUAAUGAAGCGCGUACCCGCUCUGAGAUGGCCAGAGCGAGUGCUUUGCAUUUUGGCCAUGGUUCCCCAUUACAAUCGCCCAUUAGCGGUGGAUUGCGUAGAUUUUAGUUAAGCAUUUGUUGCAGGCAAACAGUGAAGCAAGUUCAAAUAAAUCCAACUAAAACAACAACAACAACAACGAUUGCUACUAACUCUCUGACAAUACCAAUAUUUGACUUAAUUUUCUUGCCUAAAGACUUCAGUGUUAGUUUUGCUUGUAAAUAAAAAUCAUCGUCGAUGUGUUCUGAUUUUAUUUCCCUGUUUUGUUUGUAAUUUUUUUUAAGUUAAAACCUUAUAUGUCUCCUGUAUUUUAUAUUUUGUUUCGAAUUA